AUGAAGUGCGAACAUCUGCAGAAAACAGGCAGUUUCAAAGCACGUGGAGCGCUAAACACGGUACAGAAGAUGAUGGACGAAGGACCGGUGAAGGGAGUGGUCACGCACUCGUCGGGCAAUCAUGGUCAAGGUCUGGCGUGGGCCGCGUCUGAGUUGGGCCUGCCUUGUUGCGUGGCCGUUCCACGUAGUGCUCCUCCUUCGAAAAUUGAAGCGAUGAGGGGUUAUGUGGAGCUCGUUGGAGCUUUGUGA